UAUAUACUUAUAUAGAGCUAGCUUAGUACCUGAACCUGCCUUCACAUCACAACAUAACCCAGAUCACAAAAAGCCAAAGCCAAAGCCCAAGCCAUGGGGAGAGCUCCUUGCUGUGACAAAGCCAAUGUCAAGAAAGGUCCCUGGUCACCUGAGGAAGAUGCCACCCUCAAGGCUUACAUUGAGAAGCAUGGCACCGGCGGCAACUGGAUUGCCUUGCCCCAGAAGAUAGGCCUUAAAAGGUGUGGUAAAAGCUGUCGCCUUAGAUGGUUGAACUAUCUCCGGCCGAAUAUCAAGCAUGGAGGUUUUUCAGAGGAAGAAGACAAUAUCAUCUGCAGCCUCUAUAUAAGUAUUGGAAGCAGGUGGUCUAUAAUUGCAGCCCAGUUACCAGGGCGAACUGACAACGAUAUUAAGAACUACUGGAACACAAGACUGAAGAAAAAGCUCUUAGGUAAGCAGCGCAAGCAACAACAGGCUCAGCAGAGCCGCCGUGCCGCCAGCAGCCUAAAGCAAGAGAUGAUUAAAAGAUCAGAAAGCGCUGAAAAUUUUGCUAACCUUCCAGUUGGGUUUGUGAACCAAAAUCCUUACUGGGCUCCAGAGCUACCAGUGGCAGUGCCCAUGGUGAAUUAUCAAACACAUGAGCCUCAACUCAUCAAGGACCAGGCUUCCAUUAAGAACAUGCUCAUCAAACUUGGAGGAAGAUUUUCAGCUGACAAUACUACCACUACAACCACCAACACAAAUUUUCUGUACCCUGUUGACAUUUCCCCCAGCUCCUCAUCAGAUCAUCAAUUCUAUCAGAACUCCAUUGAUGUGCUUACUUGUACUUCAGCACCCAACAACAAUAUUUAUGCUGCUGAUCAGUUUGCAAGCACACACUAUGAUGCUAAUAAUAAUGGUGGGGGUUCAAGUAGUCCAACCAUGUUUCAUGGCCUUGAUGAUCACAACAACAAUCUACCGGCUGAUCAUCAUCUAAGUGAAUUGGUGGUUUAUGGCAACAACUUUCCUCAUCAGCAUCAGCAAUUGGAUGGCUUUUAUCAAGCGGCCAAGACGCUGAACAACGGUAGCACAGGAACUAGUACUACUUCUGCAGAGAGUGAAAUUAGUUGGGGAGACAUAAAUUCCCUGGUUUAUAGUACUCAGAUGGUUUCAGACUAUGAAACCUGCCAACAAAGAAUGCCCACAGUUCAUUCUGUUUUUGCAGAGUCAACCUACUUUGGCCUCAAAUGACACCAAUGUACAUGGUAACUGGGGUUGGAGGGUUGUAAAUGAAUUUGGACCACAAGGGAUUUGGUGUCUCAAUUUCAGAAAAAAGGCUAGCCAUAUUGAACUGAGUAGGAUUUGUUUGCUUUUCAGUCAGACUUUGAUCAAGUUGACCAUCUCUUUAUUUCUCAUUUCUUUGAUUUAUAAUUAAUUAACAACUUUAAUUUC